GGGGCGAGCAGGCUACCGGGUCAGCGCUUGACUCGCGGAACAGCGAGGCUUGUAGAUCCAAUGAGAUCACGCCGCGUCCGGGGCCCGGUGGUUUGCAACGAGCCGGUAACUGCUGUUAACCCUGAGAGCAAGACGGGACUGUGCAGCGCCGCCACCGUAUGGGAUUCGCUCAAUCGGCGUGAGUUUGACGUUUACCAGUAAAGCAGUAUUGAAGGCGGAGAACGUGCACGAGGAGCUUUUUUCCCUUGUUGUUCACACUGUCAGAUCAGGUUCACCUGCACCAUCCGUGCAGAUCCGAUCUCAAAACUUCUACCGCUCGAGGUUACAAUGAGGAACAAACUGCCGUUGUUGGCGUUGUUCUGCCUCGCCUUCGCUCUCCUUCCUUCUCCAACAGCUUCAGUUGCCGUGAUGUCUGUAGACCUGGGAAGCGAAUGGAUCAAAGUAGCUAUAGUUAAACCUGGUGUGCCAAUGGAAAUCGUUCUAAACAAGGAGUCGAGAAGGAAAACACCAGUGGCUGUAUGCCUAAAGGAAAACGAAAGACUUUUUGGGGACAGUGCUUUGGGAGUGUCUGUGAAGAAUCCCAAAGUGGUGUACAGGUAUCUCCAGAGCCUUUUGGGAAAGACUGCCGAUAACCUACAGGUUGAACAGUAUCAGAAACGCUUUCCUGAACACCAACUACUCCGAGAUGAAAAGAGAGGAACGGUGUAUUUCAAAUACUCUGAGGAGAUGCAGUAUACUCCGGAGGAACUCUUGGGCAUGGUACUGAACUACUCUCGAGGCCUGGCUGAGGAUUUUGCAGAACAAAUCAUCAAAGAUGUAGUUAUCACCGUGCCAGCCUUUUUUAACCAGGCAGAGCGUAGGGCAGUACUGCAGGCUGCUCGGAUGGCAGGUUUGAAGGUCCUUCAGCUCAUCAAUGACAAUACAGCUGUGGCUUUGAACUAUGGACUCUUCAGGAGGAAAGACAUCAACUCAACUGCACAGAAUGUGAUGUUUUAUGACAUGGGAUCAAGCAGUACAACAGCCACUAUUGUCACUUACCAAAUAGUAAAGACCAAAGAAACCGGCACACAGCCUCAGCUCCAGAUCCGUGGAAUUGGUUUUGAUAGGACACUUGGUGGUUUUGAAAUGGAACUGAGACUGAGGGACCAUCUAGCCAAACUUUUUAAUGAACAAAAGAAAUCGAAGAAAGAUGUAAAAGAGAACGGACGUGCCAUGGCUAAACUGCUGAAGGAGGCGCAAAGACUCAAGACCGUGCUGAGUGCGAAUGCUGAACAUAAUGCUCAGAUUGAGGGGCUGAUGGAUGAUAUUGACUUUAAGGCAAAGGUGACCCGGGCCGAGUUCGAGGCACUUUGUGCUGAUCUGUUCGACAGAGUACCUGUACCAGUGAUGGAGGCACUUGCUGCUUCUGAGAUGUCUUUAGAUGAGAUUGAACAAAUCAUUCUGGUUGGAGGAGCUACGAGAGUUCCCAAAGUGCAAGAAGUGCUUCUUCAAGCAACAAAAAAAGAGGAGCUGGCAAAGAACAUAAAUGCUGACGAGGCAGCAGCUUUGGGUGCAGUGUAUCAGGCUGCAGCUCUGAGUAAAGCCUUUAAGGUCAAACCCUUCCUUAUUCGAGAUGCAGCUGUUUUCCCAAUACAGGUGGAAUUCAGCCGCGAGACUGAUGAGGAAGGUGCGAAGGGAGUUAAGCACAACAAGCGCAUCCUGUUUCAGAGGAUGGCGCCAUAUCCCCAGCGCAAAGUCAUCACCUUCAACCGUUACACCGAUGACUUCGUUUUCAGCAUUAAUUACGGCGACCUCAGCUUCCUCAGCCAGGACGAUCAGAAGAUGUUUGGCUCGGUGAACCUGACCACAGUGAAACUCUCUGGAGUGGGCGACAGCUUUAAAAAGCAUUCUGAUGCCGAGUCCAAAGGCAUCAAGGCACAUUUCAACAUGGAUGAGAGUGGUUUGCUCAUUUUAGACCGGGUGGAGUCAGUGUUCGAGACUGUUGUCGAGGAGAAAGAGGAAGAAUCAACUCUCACUAAAUUAGGGAACACAAUUUCCAGCCUGUUUGGAGGUGGGAGUACAGAGCCGGCUGUGAAUGUGACAGAUCAGGCACAGGAUGAAGAGGAGGUUUUUCCUGAAGCUGGAAAAGACCAGGAAGAGGUGGUGGAGAAAAGCGCUGAGGCUGCCCCAGAGCAAUCCGAGACCGAGGAGAAAAGCGAUGAAGGGAAAAACAAAGAAGAGCCUGAGACUGAAGAGAAGAAAUCUGAUGAAGGCUCUGACAAAGAGGAGCCUCAACCAGAGAAGGAGGCUGAUGAAUCCGGAAAAUCUGACGACGUAAAAGCAGCUGAAGCAAAGGAAGAAGAGAAAGAAGCAGAAACGAAACCUAAACCCCAGAAAAAGAGUAAAAUCUCAGUUGAUAUUGCAGUGGAGCUGGAGGUUAAUGAUGUUCUUAAUCCCAGCCCUGAAGCUAUCGAUGUCUCAAAAAAGAAGCUGCAGGAUUUGACUGACCGAGAUCUGGAAAAGCAAGAGAGGGAGAAGUCACUAAACAGCCUGGAGGCGUUCGUUUUCGAGACACAGGAUAAGCUGUACCAGGAUGAGUACCAGGCUGUGGUUAGUGAAGAGGAGAGGGAAGCAAUCUCCAGCAAGCUCAGUGAGGCUUCAGCAUGGUUGGACGACGAGGGUUAUUCAGCAGGAACCAAAGAGCUGAAAGAGAAGCUGACCGAGCUGAAGAAGCUGUGCAAAGCCAUGUUUUUCCGAGUGGACGAGAGAAAAAAAUGGCCAGACAGACUAGCAGCACUUGACAGCAUGCUUAACCAUUCUACCAUGUUCCUGAAAGGGAUUCAAUUGAUUUCAGCCGAUGACCAGAUUUUUACUGAAGUUGAGGUGAAGACGUUGGAGAAGGUCAUAAAUGAGACUACGAUCUGGAAGAAUGAAACCGUGGCUGAGCAGGAAAAACGCUCUCCUACAGAGAAACCUGUGCUGCUAUCUAAAGACAUUGAGGCCAAAAUUUCCCUCUUAGACCGGGAAGUCACCUACCUGCUUAACAAAGCCAAGUUUGCCAAGCCAAAGCCCAAACCAAAACCUAAAGACAAGAACACAACUAGCUCUGAGAAUGGCAAAACUAACAACACAGAUGCUGAGAAAGUCCUUCCACCCAAAGAUGAGUCCGAUGGAGCCAAGGAGGUGAAACCAGCAGAGGAACCCCCUACUGAGGAGAAUAAAAAAGAAGAGACCGAGACAGAGUCAACAAUAGCAGAAGAAACAGAAGACAAAGAAACAACGGAGAACAAUGAGUCACAAAACCAUAUAGAGGAUGAAUUAUAACAACUGGAACAUCUCAUUUUUGUGUUAUCGUAUUUAUUGACCGUGAUUUUUUUUUUUUUCUUUUUUUUUUCUCUCUCAGCUCCGCAUCACACCAUCUCAGAGCAUUUUAGGUAAUGUCAGAAUUUUCGUACAGUAGUUCUCCAUUUGUUAACUGCGACUCUACUGAAACUGAAUCCAUUCAACUUGAAAUUCUGUCUGCCUCUAUGGAAUAUUGCAUUGCAGAAUCUCCCUUCAGUCUGUAUGCACUUGUUAUUGGGAUUAUACGACACAAAAAUGAGCUCCCUCCAUAAAAAGUUCUUAGAUUUACAAAUAUUUGAACAUUUUUGUUCUGGAGUCCAGGCUUUCAAACUGUAAUUGUAAAUGCGAGGUUAAUUUGAAAAGUGAUGCAAGAUGAAUUUGGAUAGGAUUACCACAUUUUUCCUCACUACUAGGUCAUCCACAGUAGAAUUUUUGGUCAUGUCAAUAACCAGACAAGAUUAGGACAACUCCUUUUCUGGGCUUUAGUUAUGCUUCGGUAUACCUGUCUAGAAAUUCUGCAUUCUCUGAGUGGAAUACAGUAACCAAAAAUGCCCUUUCUAUGAAUUCAAUUUCUGUAUGAGAAUUAUGUCACACCAAUAUUCAGCCUCAUUGUCACUGCACUUGCAUUAUAUACUGACUGGCCAUUUUAUUAGGAACGCCUGUACAGCCUCUAGUUCAUGCAGCCACCCAGUCAUGUGGCAGCAUUGCAGGUACAAGUCAAGAGAUAGAUGUUCACAUUAAAACAGUGGGGCUGGUGCCAAACAGGUAGGUUAAAGUAUUUCUGACACUGAUCUGUGAUUUGCAUGCAGUUUUUAGAGCAUUCCAAAAGCAAAAGCCACACCUGAUGGCUUAUUGAAUGCAAAGACUGACUAACAGGUGGAAUCUGCUUGAUUGAAAUGAAAACCUAUACCACAGUGGCUUAUUGCUGAUAACAUCGGACACCUCUGCUCUAGAGUCACAGAAUCAUGAGAAAAAAAAAACUAAUCUGUAAAUUUCCCUCUGGGAUGAAUAAAGAGGUCUAUCGACUGAUUGGUCAGCAGACCUCUGAGUGGACAGGGCUUACUGAUGAUUAAUACCAGAUGGCAAUGGCUUGAACCAGAAGGUAAAUUCAGAUUAAGUAAUCCCAUGUCUAUUGUAUCCUCAAACUACUAUAAUUGGUUGAUAGUAGUGAAACUCCAGUAUAUGGAAUACCAAUGGUCUUUUGAUGUAGGUUUAACACGUUGCUGGUUUUAAACUACUUGGUGAACCAAUCUAGCAAUUUUCCUUUCUGCCUACAGUCAGACUACUCUCUCAGUGGUUGUGCUUGUUUAGCAGUUUCUAAUGCAUUCAAACAAGUCAUUAACGCAAACAACUCCCACAGUCCAAGUGGCUUGUGGAUGCAUCCCCCAGAAUUGAUGUGAACAUUAACUGGAGGUCUUCACUUGUGCCUGCAUGGCUGUACUUUUGCCAGAUGAUUGGCUGUUUUGAAUAAUUGGAUGAAUGAGCAGAUGUACAUGUGCUCCUAAUAUUAUGGACAGUAAGCAUAGGUUUAUGCCACUGAUGAACACACCACCAUUUUGUUUUAUUUUUAAUAUUUUUGUGGCCACAUCCACUUACCUGUAUUUCCAUGAAUGUCUCGGGAAUCAUUUGACUGCACUGACAUUAAGGAAGUUAUAAUCCCUGCCACCACAUCAGAGCCUUUGCUGUUCCAAGACAACAGUGCAAACCAUUUUCUUUCACUUUUUCAUCGACUCCCAUUGUUUGUCUAUGUUUCUGGUUUGUUGAGGAAAGAGUGUAUAAUGUCUGGGAAAGGGAUAUUUUGUUUCUAAGCUGUUAAUAAAAUCUUUUUUUAAAUCUC